AAGGCCACGCAAAGCAUACCGGUAGUCUUUAGCCAUGUACGACUUCUGCCUGACAAUUCCGUAUGGCAUGCUACUGGGCUUAGGCGGCCUCAUCGGUUUCGUGAACUCUGGAAGCACGAUGUCCCUGGCGGCCGGUGGUGUAUCGGGCGCCUUCCUGAGCUUCGUGGGCUACUGCAGCUACAAUGAGUACACGCAGAGCCCCGUGACUUCCAAGCUGUGGCCCGCCAUCUCACUCGCCGUAUCGGCUCCGCUCACAGUCGUCAUGGCCAACCGCUACAACAAGACAAACGCCUUCUUCCCGUCGGGCUUCGUAUCCGCCUACAGCGCCGGCAUGACUAUUUUCUAUGUCUGGAUUCUCACCAAGAAGAGCAAGCCGCAGUACAAGAAGAAAGCAUAAGGACGAGGCGCAUUUAACUACCAGUCAAUUCAGUGAUUUUUGCGGUCAGCUA